UUUCGAAUUGUCAAGAGAAAGACAAGAAUUUGUGCGCCCAACUCUCGGAUGUAAUAGGUCCGAUACGUCCAUAUAACUUUGUACGAUACGCUCAGCCCGUGCCACAGACUAUGUUCUUCGUUGAAAUGUGAAAAAUGCGCUUUUUUUGAAAUUUUGCCUGCGGAAAGCUACGCAUAUCACGACAAUGAUCGAGUCUUGGUUGGUUUUGCACUUGUUAAUUCAGCACCCUGAUUGAAGCUAAUGGUUAUGACUACGGCUUGUAAGCCAUUCCGCAGCUCGCAGAGAGCUGCAAGACGAUUAGUUCGCUGUCGAGUAUACCUAUGAGGUAAAUUAAAAGUAGUCGUCUUAACGUGGAGAAGAACGUGUUUUGCAUAGGACGAUUUUAGACACAAUGGUGAGUUUACGCAUCGAUGAGGCUGUUCGUGUAGUCAGAUGCAAUUUAUGUGGCGCUACUGGAAAGCAAUGAUUUUCCCAGCUAAGAUACUGUGUGUUUCGGGCGUUCCCAAGUGCUACUCCUUAUAUUACUGCGUCAUGUAUUACAACAUGGAUCUUCUUGACGUACAACGUGUGGAUUCAACACAUAAUGAUAACAACAAGUCAGUCCUUCGCUGUAGUAGCUUGUACUUAGAGUGGAAUUAUACGCUCUAUAUCUCCGCAAGGGGGUCAAACACAUGUUGUGCUUUAUGUGAGAUUACUCACGCAAAAUCACAAUUCCAUUCUUAUGCACGACCCAGACGCAAGGCAUACUUUACCAAACGAAGAAACGUCUUGACAGACGUUUAUAGCUGAGCUCUAAAGGAGAGAUCCGGAUUUGAUCUGAAAUCGUCUCCCGAAGGCUCGUACGAAGAAAACCGACGUCCACAACGGAAGCGCGUUUACUUUUGGAUGCCUUGUCAUUUUCGAUAACUCAUUGGAACUAGUCCCGCGAGGCAUCGAACUGGUCAAUGAGCAAUGCGGGACUGGAACAGCUUAUGAGUGAGCGAGUGAAUCCAGUAUCUGGUCAUGUGGACGGGCCUCUUCUUCAUCGCAGAAGUUUUACUCUAGAAAGAGUUCAUGGCGUCGCUGACGACUAUGAUUUUGCACCCCGUCUAUCCCCGCUUCGUUUAUUGCAACGCUUUUUUCGCGAACUGUCAAGUUCAGGACUCGGCCGGUUGCUGUGCUAGUAGGCAUUCGAGUAUGAUCAGGGCGAUGCAUAAAAGG